AUGAGAUGUGAAAAAGCGAAAUGUGGCGGAAGAUUUGCCUGUGCUGUUGCUAUGUUCUGGUGUGCAGCCUUGCUGAUAUGUUGGCUGUUCAUCAUCUCUAUCGUUUCCAUGUUUUGCGGUGCCUACUUCAUUUUCCACGAUCUCUGCCUUGAUAUAUCGACUUUCACAGAAGAAAUUUGUAUAAAUUUUGAGGUCUUCGCUCCUUUAGACCUUCGUCUCUGUGGAGGAGAUGCUCAGCAGUUUUGCGCAUUUUCUGCUACUGCUCGUUCGUGGUAUAUCGUGGGAUGGGUUGGAUCAUGUUUUGUCAUCAUCGGAUUGGCAGCUUUCCUAGCCAUCCUGGCUGCAAAUUAUGCACACGUUGGAAAUGUGGGCAGGUAUGUUGAAUUGCGUGAUCUGGCGUUGGAUGUGUCAUCAAAUGGAUCUCCAGCACAUACAAAGGAGGACUCGUUCUAUUACCCGAGCAGUGAAAAGAGUCAACGAAAUACUCCACUCGAUAGGAAUUCGAAUGGACCUUCAUGGCAACGGCAUUAUGAUGGGUCAACAUCAACGAGUCGUUUGGCUGAAAAAAUGUCCGAUUCUUUCAGUCAGUAUGCGUACCGUCCAAGGAAAAAACCGUUCUAA